AGCUGCAAUUUUUUGAAGUUAGUCGAAACUCAGGAUGACAACAAUUCAAAAUUUCGCUCUCCAUUUCAUACUUGCCUAGAUCUAAGAUCUAAGUCUAGAAGAUCUAACUAAAUCGAUAUAGAAUCCAGAUCUAUAGGUCUAGACUAGCUUUUUAAAAACAAGAUUGGAGAAAUGAAUUCAAUUUUAGCAUUAAAUGAACUCAGAACCGCAAAGCAAAAAAAGCAACAAGAGAAAUUACAGUGUAAUGAGAUAAAGAAACAGUUAGAGUAUAUACAUGCUCUUAAAAAAGAAAAGGAAAUACUAAAUUCAAAACUACAAUUGCUAAUGGAAGGAAAUACUCUCGAAGAAAUAGAUGAAUCACUUGAAGUAAAAAGAUUUAAGAAGAGUAUUCGACUUUUCCAAGAAAAACUUUCUGCCUAUAGAAUAAUAGGUCCAUGUGGUCUUACAGUGAUUGAGGUUGAUGACAUCCAUUUGGUAGUUAGUUUUACAGCGAGGUGGAGAGACCUGACUGAGUCGUUUAUCCUUGAGAUAACUUAUGUUAAUGGUUUCAUUAAGAUUUCCAAUACAACUAUUCCCUACUUUCUUAAUAUACAAACUGUGCUUGAUAAUUGUGAGAUUAAAACAUUGGAUUAUUUUUUGGAUGAAAUUAGCUACCUCAUAAAUGCGUACAUUCAAAGGAAGGGAGAGGUCGAAUUUGUCAAGAAUGUGUUUAAAGACUUCCUCAAGACCUGUUCUACCAAUGAUGCUUUUACAUCAAUAGACUUGACUCUGUGUCAUAAAAAUAGAUUCAAUGGAAAUUCAGAAAUUAAAUUAUUCAUGAUCUACCCAUUGAUUAAUUCUCUACUACCAAGUACAGUUGAAAUUUCUACAAUUAACCUGAAUGUUUCAGCUGAAAAAAAAUUGGAACUCAAAAAAGUUCUUUUAGAACAACAACUGACCAAUGUGAUGCCCCUUCUUCAGACAACACUUACAUCAUUAUAAUAAAAAUAGACAAUGUAUUGUUUGUGGAGGCUGGAAUGUAUAUAUGUCAGAAAUUCUAAUGAUAGCUUAGUUGUUAAUUUGGCCUGCUGUUUCAGUGAAAUAAAAAUUAGUUGAAAUUAUGUCUUAAUCUAUAAUUGUUAACAAUCAUUUUGUAAAUAUGUAAAAUAAAAUAUUGAAUAAAGAUGUAGCAUACAGUUAAAAUAAAUGUAAUAUAAUGUGAUCUUAGCAUGCAAGCUGUGAGUUGUUUUUAAAAAAAAUCUGAAUGUUGAGGUUUCCAAGUGUCCAUUGCAGGCCUGUAUACUUGACCUGUGAAGAAGAGUGUAAUUUAAAAUGUGUCACUAUGUGAAUAAACAUGAACUGUGUCACUGUGAAUCACAUGUUGGAUAUGUUCAUUACUAUGUGAAAUAUUGAUGAGAUGCGUCAUCUAAAUCAUGCAUCUUAUUUAUAUAUGUCACUAUGUCAAUUUGAACUGUGUGUGCUUGUCACUUUGAACAACAUAAGGGCAAGACUGGAUAUAUACCCCAAUAUUACACUAGCCGCAGGUACCUGUUUACACAUGAGUUAUAAUGUUGUACAUGUUUGAGAAAAAUACGUCUACUUUAUAUGUAGAUUUAUAGAAUCUAGAUCUAAAUAAAAUUUGAAUGAAAUAGUUCAUUUCUUUAUAUUCUAAAAUCAGAAGAUGAUGACAUUAGUGUUGUGUUCUUUCCAUAGUAUAAACAUGUGGCAUCUCUUUUUCUUCUUCGUUCUUAAUCUUUAGUGUUGGGAGUGAUCGAGCCUUAUCUGCCAGAGGGUUUGAACUCGAGACUUUUUUUUGAAUUUAUCAACCAUGAGCUUUUGCCGACUCGACCAUGCUUCCAUCACAAUUAAGGAUUACGUGUCAACUGGUUAUGCCCAUUGAGGCCAUUGACUCCGAUUUCAGCCUGCUUUUCUUUUUGGAUUUGCUUCCAUAGCCUUUGUUCAACCAAGAACAAACUACAAGGCAGCAGUUGUUUGAUUUUGGAGUUGUCUCUCCUAGAAAAGUGGCUGUCCCCAGCUAACAAGGGUUUGAACUCGAGACUUUUCGGUUUAGCAACCAUGUGCUUUACCGACUCGACCACGCCGACCACAUGUGGCAUGUGACGUCAUUGUUUAUUUCGUUUUUGUCACAACUAUAAACACUUUUCCGGUUGCAUAAUAAAAAUUGUGUUUCUGUAUUCG